CCCUCCAACGACUUACCAGCGACGUGUCAACUUCCCGAUAUUUCAAUUUUCACAUCCUCCCUUUCCCUUACCUCGCAUAUCCGAUGACGGCUAGUAAUAGCUUUCGCUGUGCAAUCAUGGACUCUGUAAAUCCUAAGCCUGCUUUCCUACUCCAGUCUGCUCAUUUCUGGUAAGGCCCACCUCGUUUACCUUUCUCUCUCCGACAAUGCUCUGUUCAAUUUCUACCCAGAAAUCCGGUUCCAACUGGCUCGACCGGCUCCGAUCAUCAAAAGGCUUUUCAUUUGCCGAUCACCAGUCUCCUAAUGUAUCCAAUUCUAUUUCUCCCCACACCGAAACUCAGCUAAGAGAUAAUAACAAUAAUAAUGUCGGUUCAGAAUCCAGCUCCGAUCCAAUUCGGUCCGUAGACGAACCUGCCCAAACUCCGGCAGCACCAGGUAACAGUGGAGACAACGAACAACUGUGCAAUGUAGUUACAAAUGUUCUCUCCGAGCUCUUUUGUAUGGGAGAAUCAACUAGUUUCCCUAAAUUUAAUUUCAAAAAGGGGUCACGCAAACAAACGAACCCUAGGUUUUGUGCUUCAUCUGAAAUUAACAAUGCUGCGUCGCCGAUGAGCGAUGACAACAGUCGUGUGGAAAUUAAGGAAUCUCAGGUCAAGCUAUUAGAACAAGGCAGUAAUUUAAACGUAGCUGAAGAGGAGGACAAGUCCCACCCCAAUCUGUUGGGAUUUUCGCGGACGGAAGUUAUGGUGAUAGAUACGAGCUGUGCGCCGUGGAAAUUUGAGAAAUUGCUUUUUAGAAAAAAGAACGUGUGGAAGGUACGUGAUAAGAAGAGUAAGGGAACGAGUGUGGGUAAUAAGAAGAGGAAGAAAGCUGAUGUGGUGAAUGAGGAUGUUGCUGGUGAGAAGAAACAGAAGGUUGUAAGCGGGAAUGAUGGUUGUGGAUCAUCUAAGGACGAAAAGGGGGGAGUAUGCAAGUUUCCGGUCAAUGAAGACCUUUGGUUUAAUGAUAAAUUGGAAGAAACUUGUAUAAGGACAUCUUCUGUUGGCCAGCCUUCCAAAAAGAAACAAGGGAACUUAAAAUUAAAGAAGGCAUCUUCGUCAGUUGUUCUAAUUAAGAGCAUCCCAACAAGUAAGAAAAAUGGAACAGGCAUUGCUAAGAAUAGUCUGAAGCCAUCUCAUCGACAUUACCAGGCUCAAUAAUCAACUAAACACACUUGUGUCACUGUAAAUUUAUUUGUACCUUGCUAUCUGGAGUAAUGUAGCAUGACUUCCAGAAACAAAUAAUCCACUAUAUAAUGUGCAGAAUGGAGCAGGAACAAUUAUGUGAGUACCAGUGCGCAGAGAAAUUGAACAAUUCUUUAUGGCAAUUAUUUAUUGAUGUAACGCCUUGUUCUGCUUACUAGGAUGCAAACAUUCUAGCUAUCAUGUAAAUUGCUUCGUUACUCAAGUCGAAUUAUUUCAGUGUAUUUUCUAAAAAAUAUCAUUUUUUCUGGAGAUGGGAAGCUGCAGAUAAGUGCUAC